GGGACCGUUACGUAAGCUUACAUAAGGCGCUGGCCUUCAACUCAACCGAGAAGGAGAUCUUCACCGCUAGUCCCGACUUCAAGUUCACGUCUACAGAACUGGAACACCAUAAGAACCAGUCAGUCAAGUUCAGCGCUUGAGGAACAACUGAGCCAUGGAAGACACGGUGAAGGCUCCCGACUCAAAGCUAUCCGCCUCGACCUCAGGGCUGGUCCUACAAGAAUCCAAACAGCAAAGGACCCCCCGUGCCGAUGUCCGGUGGUACCAGAGACAGGACCUGUGGGUCUGGCUGUACGGGAUGGUUUUCAUUGGCGCAAUGAUAGGAGCCAUUUUUGGACUGGGCAGUUACAGAGGAUGGUACGCCCCUAGCGGGCUCGCCUAUAAUGACACCAACACGACCCGAGAGCGGUUUUUACCGGAGCCGUACGAACCGGAAGAAGGCGUUAAAGGAAGACAAGGCGUCGAUCCAGCGGCUCGAUGGUACUUUUGGAAGCUGCGGCCAGAACUGGUGACUCCGUGGACGCGUCUGUUCGUGUGGGGCUGUUAUACCGUCCACCAGCUGCUGGCCUGGUGGCUCCUGUACCUGGCACAGGUCAACCAACAGGCAGAGAAGGGUAAAAAGUAUUCCACCAAUCUCAACAGAUACACCUGGGCAGCUGUGGCCGUGCACACCUUCUUCCACCUGCUGCACCUGGCGCAGACUCACCUGACGUACGACGCAACCGCACAGGAUGUUUCCAUCGGCAGCUCCCAGGGCUCAGUUAUCGUGGCUCUGCUGUUUGUGAUGGCGAUAGAGUUCCGGGACAGAGGCGUGUUUUUCGGCUGGCCUAACGUCACAAGUACAGACAAAGUCGGAAAAGCCAUGCGGUCCUGGUCACGUGAGUCUGUACGCCUGGUCCGGAAGUACCAUGGUUAUGUCAUCAUGUGGGCUGCAGUCUACACCUUCUGGUACCAUCCCAUGGAAAACACGCUGGGUCACGUGAUGGGGUUUUUCCACACCUGGAUUCUGAUGUUGCAGGGAAGCCUCGUGUACACAGACCUUCAUCUUAACAGAUACUGGCGGUUCAGCCUGGAGGUUUGGGUGACUCUACACGGCGGGCUGGUGGCCUGGCAGACCGGCGGACCGGACCAGAUGGGCACCAAGCUGUGGCCCAUGUUCGCUUUCGGGUUCGCCACGCUCAUAGUGCUCACUCAGCUGUUCGGUCUGCCUUUCUGGAAGCACCUUCCUGCCUGGUCACGUGUCGUCCCCGCCGUGGCGUUCCUUCCCGUGAUGCUCUACUGCUACAGCUGGAUCCCGGAUAGAACCGGACGCCCUUGGACGCGACUCUGGGAACCAAUCGUCAUCCCUUUCAACAACUGGGGCUUUGCCCUGGUCAUAUGUGUCCUCGUGACCUUCGGCCUCUACGUAGAACGCAAACUGACCAAUGGCAGCAGCCCUAACAACGCAUUGAGCACGUUCGGGCGAUUUGCGUAUGCUUGGGGCUUCUUGUUGAUGUAUUUGGCUGUUAUUAUAAUUGCCUGGGCUAUUCAGUAUUAUGACUUGCAGAUUUCAGGUGCAUCCAUGAUGGUGGUCCAUGAGGCCAUUUGGAUCAUGUUUGUUGUGGUAGCAGGAUUUUUUGUCAGAAGGGUAGUUGAAGCGAAAGUCAAGAAGGUCAAUGUCGAAUUCGAAAAAGCGCGGGAAAACCACGAGAUUCCCGGAAAGGGCGUUCCAGGAAGUUACGGUUCGAUUCCAAUGUCAUUGGACGACGGCAAGGUCAAGGAAACUGUUUUGCCCUGAUCUGAUAGUUGAAACAAGACUGGCAAUGAAAACAUACAUUGCCAUGGCGACGGUAGUUCAAUGCUGUUAGG